CUUCCGUGCUUAAUUUUAAUUACAUAAAUUUAAUUGCCUUUCUUUUUCCCCUUUAUCCACCUUACACUCUUACACACAUAUACACACAACAAAACCCAAUUUCAUUCAAACGCAGGAAAAAUCGAAACAAAACAAAAACCAAGUGAAAAUGGCGAGCUCAGUGGAGAAGGAGGUUGCAGGUGCAGGUGCAGGAGAAGGAGCAGGGGAUGAAGCUGUCUCCUUGGAACUUCCUGCUCCACCUGGUUGGAAGAAGAAGUUCUUUCCAAAAAAGUCUGGAACCCCAAAGAAAAAUGAGAUUGUGUUCACUGCACCAACAGGAGAGGAAAUCAAUAACCGGAAGCAGCUGGAGCAGUAUUUGAAAGCACACGCCGGUGGCCCAGCUGUAACAGAAUUUGAUUGGGGCACUGGUGAGACCCCUAGAAGAUCAGCAAGAAUCAGCGAGAAGGCCAAGGUGGUUCCUCCACCAGAAAGUGAGCCCCCAAAGAAACGUGGCAAAAAGUCAUCUGCUUCCAAAAAAGAAGCUUCUGAGGAAGAAAAAGAGGAGACAAAGGAAGUGCAAAUGCAAGAAGCUGAUGAAACUAAGGAUGAUAAAGAUUUAGAGCAGGAAAAGAAUGUUGUGAAGGAAAAUCAAGAUGAGAAGAGAGCAGAGGAUACAGAUGUCAAAGAAUCCACUCAUCCUGGAGAAAAUGCCAAUAUGCCUAAUGAUCAGGAAAAAUUCACUGCUGAUGGAGAGUUACAACCCUUGAAAGAGAAACUUGAUGACAAAGGAGUUGAGGGUUCUGAAGUUGUUCAGAAUAAAUAUGAGGAAAAAAUUGGGCAACCACUGGAAGAGACAAAGAAAGAUAGUGGAUAUGUGGAGUCAGAGAAAUCAGAAACAGUCCCUACUGCUGAGAAAAAGGUUGAAGUGGAAGGAGAGAAUAAAGAGGAACACAACAGAGGCACUCACGAGUCUGAAGGAGAAACCAAGGAAAAAGAAGGAACCAAAGUCAAUGAAGAACAAUAUAAGGUUCAUGAUAUAAACAAGAAGGUUGAAUCAGAGUUCACAGAGAACGGAAGCUGAACUGGUGAGGUCAAAGCCCUCCUUAAGUAAGGAACAUAAUAAACUCUUGGCUUCUCUUAUUCUGACCCCUUUAGAUCUGUCUGAGGAUGACUGUAGUUUUUGUUGUUAUUUAUCCGAUUGCUUAUUGAAAUGACUAUAGACACUUAGAGUAUCCAUAUAAUGUACCAUCCUUCUAUGUAUUGGAGGGACGUGUAGCUCCUGUUUCCCUUCGUAACAUUAUGUUGUAAGAUACUUGUAAUGUGAUAUGGACCUGUAAUCAUGUAAGUUCGUGAUCUUAAAUAUUCUGUUUACUCCUAAACUA